AUUAGUUUUUAUUUAUUUAUUUAUAAAUAUUUACUUGUCAGUUAAAACUUAAUAAAGCGAAGGAGCCAAAAUGGAUGUUUCUUCUUCCCAAAUUUGAAACCCUAAUUUUUACUACUACAAAUUCAGGAGUUGCAGAAGAAUCUGACGUGCUUGUUCUUUCUCGAGAAUCGAUUCCCCAAAAUCUUAAGGUCAUCUGUGGCACGGGGCAUCCAUAAAAUUACGAUCCUGAGCAUGGUAGCAGUUGUACAAUGUAAAUCCUUUUGUCUAAUAGGAUAACCGUGGAAGAUAUUCUACGAUGGACGUUGAUUUGGAUAUAUUUGAUGACAUUCUUCCCAAUCAACCAGCUGCUAGGAAAGUAAAAUUCCAGCCAAAGUCAAAGCCAAAGCCAAAGUUUCAGCCGAAGUCAAAAUCCCAGCCACCAAGAAAGGAGCCUGCAGCAGCUUCAGUUUCUUCAUCCCAAGCCGUACAAACCAUUGGUUCCGCACAGAGUGAAUUAAGCGAUCCUGUGCCGACAACAAAGCUAUCAGACCACGUGAUUUCAGGUUCAGAGGUUGUGGCUAACGACAAUGGAGGCCCGCAUUCUACUGCGGAAAAGUCAGUGGGAGAGAAUGCUGACAUACUUACCGGGUUUGAAUCUCUUGGUGGUGUUCUUCCUCAAACUAAUAGUGACAAGGAGUGUACAGUUCCUUCUUCAGAGGCAGUGGAUCUUAAUCCUACAACUGCCAGCGAGCCUAUUGUUUCAAGUUGUGAUGGACGUGAUCAUAUACUUGAAAGAGGAUUGGGAAGCGAGGAAAAGGAUUCCUUGGAUUCUAUGAACACAACCGAGUUAACAACUAAAUCUGGACAGAGAACAGAAAAAAAUCAGCCAGAGCCAAACAUACAAAUGCAUAAGGAGAUAUGUGAAGCCAACGAAUCUGUUUCUGACUCAUUUGGUCCUCAAUCUGUUCCACCUGAAACCGGUUAUGCGGAACAGGAUUCGAUUCCUAUAUCUGAACAAGAUGAUGUUCUUGAUCUUUCAUCCCUAGGAAUUACUCAUACUUUGCCCGAAGAGGGGAAUCUUAUGGAGAUGUCUCAGUUGGAUUCUGAUAUCAAUCUAGAGGGUUUUGCCGAAGUUCCUACAAAACUUACUUCUCGCCGGGCAAAGACUGGAAGUAAUAUAAGUCACAGUGAACCAGAUCCUUCGCCACAGCAGCAAAAUGCUUCCACAUCCAAUCAGGAGAAUGAAACUGAUAGAUUAUUACGGCCAAGAAAAGGCAAAACGAAUUUCUGUGAACUAGUAGAUGAGGAUGAGGAUGAAGUCCUUGCUAGUGGGGAUUUUUCUGAAGAGUUUCAUCCCAAUUCUGCUACGGAGGAGGGAAACAUUAAUAAUGAGGAAUUUCAAGUGGAAAAUGAACAGCAAAUGAAAAAGGGGAAGCGGAAGUCUGACAAAACUGACGAUGGAAAACCACCCAGAAAAAGAAAGACGGCCAAGGAGGCAACAAAUCAGGAUGCAGGUGCCAAGCGUAAAAGAUUCCCUCAUUCUACUCGACGAAGACAAGUGGACAAGGUUCUGCUUGAAACUCCUGAAGAUGACAUUGACUACCAAAGUGUGCCUCUUAGGGAUUUAAUAUUGCUUGCAGAGCACAGAGAAAAGCAGACGAAAAAAGAAGAGGCAGCAGUACGAGCACAAGCACAAGCAGCGAAACAAAGUAAUGGCCUUUACGAUGAAGAAGAUACUUCUAACCAAGAUGGAGAUACAGCUGAAGACACCACCCUCUACUUCAAUUAUCAAACCUACAUGGACAAAACACCCAAGUCAAGAUGGUCCAAACAGGAAACUGAAUUGUUCUAUGAGGCUAUGGGGCAGUUUGGGACAGACCUUUCUAUGAUACAACAGCUUUUUCCUGGUCGUACUCGCCGACAAAUAAAGCUAAAAUACAAAAAAGAAGAAAGGCAGCAACCAUUGAGGCUUCGUGAAGCUUUGACUAACCGUUCCAAAGAUCUUUCCCAUUUUAAAAGGGUGAUAGAGAGCUUAAAGCAAAAUGCAGCUGAAGAAAAUGAGAACGCUGAUAAAGACGACUUAACGGAUUUGUGGGGCAAUGAAGAAGAGGCAGAUGAGGGGACCUCCAAUGCUGAUAAAGAUGACAUGUCAGAUUUGAAAGGCAAUGACGUGGCAGAUGAGGGGAUCUCGAAUGCUGAUGAUGAAGAAGCAAAAGAUGAGCACAUUGAGGAAGAAAAGAAUGAGAACUCUACUGAAGUCCAAAACCCUUUGGAGCCAGAUGAUGAAGAUGAUGAUUUGUUCCUAUGGAGCCAGUAUAAGAGCGACACCUGACUAGUGCUAAUCAAGAUUCGAAACACGCAAAUGCAGACUAAGCUGAUUGUUGUGCAAUUUUUAGAAGUGCAAUUUCUGAAGCUUUGUCCGAGUUGGGAGGCUACUAUCUUGUAGUUUAGGCUUACUGCAAGUUCUUUUCGGAAAUAGUAUAAAUUUACAGCAACCUUCGUAGCACAUAUGAUCCCGAUAGUUUUUUAUCACACAUAUCAAAAAAAUUAUUUUCAUUAUAGCUAUCAUUUUUGGGAUUUUGUUCAUAGGAAUUUUACAUGUACUGGGGCAAUACUUGGAAUAAUUUUAAUAAGAUAUAUUGCCUAUUGGCAUUUUUA